GCAUCGUUUGGAUGUUUCCAUGCAAACAGAGAAAUAAACGUUGGUAUUUUGCAGUAAACGGAGGAACAUUUGGCCGUAACAGCUGGACCGCUGAUGUCAUGUCUCCCAUUUGGCUGUCGCUGUUGUUCUCGGUUCUUUUGGUGGAAUGUGUGCCGGAGAAAGCGAAGAGAUCCAGCCUGAACCAGCUGACCAGGACCCUCCUGAGGAGCUACGACUGUGGAGUUCGACCCGUCCACAACUGGAACAGCACCACCACAGUUUACAUCGACCUCAUUCUGCAGUCUGUCCUGGACGUGGAUCGAAAGACUCAGAGCAUCACAACAAGUAUUUGGUACCGGCAGAUCUGGAGAGAUGAGUUCCUUGUUUGGGAUCCAGAAGAGUUUGACGGCAUCAACGAGAUCUCACUGUCAUCUGAUGCCAUCUGGGUCCCUGACGUCAUCGUGAGUGAAUUUGUGGAGGAGGGCAGGUCUCCUCCGAUCCCGUAUGUUUACGUCAACUCCUCUGGUUCGGUGAAGAACUACCGGCCCGUCCAGGCGGUUCUGGCCUGCAGCCUGGAGAUGUUUGCCUUCCCCUUCGACAAGCAGAACUGCAGCCUGACCUUCCGCAGCUGGCUUCACUCAGUGAGAGAAAUAGAUCUGGCCUUGUGGAGGAGCGCCGAGGCCGUGGCCGACGGCCAGCGGGACUUCAUGAACGAUGGCGAGUGGGAGCUGCUGUCCAUUCCCUCGCAGUACCGGCAGGCCCGCCAGGACGACGCCGACUACGCCCAGAUCCAGUUCAACCUGCUGAUCCGCCGGCGCCCCCUCCUGUACGUGGUGGGCCUCCUCAUCCCCAGCAUCUUCCUCAUGCUGGUGGACGUGGUCAGCUUCUACCUGCCCCUCAACAGCGGCACUCGCAUCGCCUUCAAGAUCAGCAUCCUGCUGGGUUACACCCUCUUCAGGGUCAACCUGGCGGACGAGCUGCCCGCCACCGCCAUCAGGACGCCACUCAUCGGUGUGUUUUUCGUGGUGUGCAUGGCCAUGCUGAUGCUCAGCCUCGUCAAGUCCAUCCUGGUGGUGAAGCUGCUCCACCACAGUGAGGAGGAGGUCAAGCGAAUGUCGCUGUCCGCCUGCCUGCUGGACAAGUACGGCUCAGCCGGUCAUGGCUUCACCGAGAGCGCGUUGACCUCCAUCAGAACCCUCGACCGCAUCGACCCAUCUGGAGACUACGAGCACGAAGACUCACUGGAGGACGACCUGCUGUCCCUGAACGAGGUCCAGGACAUCCCGUCUAGGCUGGAUAGUCUCCUGCAGGAGCUGGUUUCACUCCGGAUGGAUUUCUCCCAGGAGGAGGCCGAGUCCUCGGCGCAGGCCGAGUGGCUGGCCCUGUGCCUGCGGCUCGACCGCGUCCUCUUCCGCCUCUACCUGUUCGUCCUGGGCCUGUACGCAGGUACGCUGCUGCUGCUCUGGGCCAGCUGGAGCUUCGCUUGACCCGGAGACACGCAGCUUUCUGAACAACUUCGGUAUAUAGACGACAAUAAAGCUGAUUAAGAUAAAACCUCCUCCUCCGAUAUUACGUAGUUUACCAUCGUUGCUCACCGCUGGUUUAAAA